AUGGCGGAACUGGGGAGGACAAAGGGAGAGGUGAGAGAAGCAGGGGAUGAGAGGGCUGGGCGGGCGUGCCGGUGGCGGCCCGGGGCACGAAACCAAGCCGACGGCGGGAGGCCAGGUUCCCCGCGCAGAUCAGGCCGGGAGCUCCCGCAGCGGCUCGGGGGCAGGCGGGAGGAGGGCGCAGUUUGUCUGUCUCGGGGCUCCCGGAGCCCCAGCAGCAGGGCGGCCUCGCCCCGCUCCCGGCCGGGCGCGUCCCGCCAGAGGGGGCAGUGCAGAUCGGCCCUGCCGGGAGCGGGGCCCCGGCCCGGGCAGGGAUCGCUGCCCCACACCCGGGCAGCGUUAAUCCUUCGCUGCCCUGUGGUGACGUUUAGAUUGAAAAGCGCUUCCCAGAACCUUUCCACGGCCCCGGCUGGUGGUCCCGGUUGGAGGUGGUGGCUGACAAAACCAGGCGAAGUUUCCCUUCAGGGUUCACUUCCACUUUCCAUUGCGGGUGCCCCGGAGCAGGGUGAGCAGCUGCCCCCGAGCAAGCGCCUCCCGUCGGGCCGAAGGGCAGCGGGCAGCGGGGGCUGGCCCCUCCGCCCCGUGCGGGGACGGCAACUCCCGGCUCUGCAGCCCUGGCCACCCUCGGCAGCCCGGGGGUCCCGGGGGCAGCAGCAGGAGCGGCUCGCAGCCGGCGCAGAAGCAACAGUUCCCCGGCACGUCGAGGAAAGGGAAGAACCUGCUUUUCCCCGGGCACGGCUUUCUCCGGGAUGGGGAGGGAGCCAGCGGAGGCACGGCUGGGCUGCCUUGCUCCGCAGCUCUUGCCGUGCGCGGGGGCGAGUGCUGGGGAAUGGCUACGGGAGCAACAAAAAACAGACCUCAAGGUGCAAGAAGUGAGGAAACAGUGGCUCUCCCUUCUCUGACAGCCUGUCCUUCCACGUCGGUGGAAAACUCCAAACCUCGGUGGAAAACUCCAAUACUCCAGGCACUAGUAAUUAUAAGAGGAACAAUAAUGACAACAAUGAUAAUGUGUUUCCGUAUAUUAAAGCAUAGAAAAUAAAUAUCCUCCUAC